AUGGCCACGUUUAGAUUCACGCCACUCGCCCUUUUCUUUGUGGUUCUCUUGCUGCUGUCUGGAUCUCCCCGGAGCUCGGCUCACGAGGUCACCGUGUUCAUGGACGAAACUAUUCGCCAGCAGCAACAGCGACAAUUGAGCGACAACGUUUGGUCUCCCUUCCGAGUGAGAAAGAUCGGCACCCAUGUGGUGAAAAGGCUGGGUGGCGGUGGGGGCGGCGGUGGCGGCGGCAGUGGGGGUGGUCAUUUAGGUGGCGGUGGCGGUGGCGGUGGUCGCACGGGGGAGCCGGGGUGUUGGUGGUGGCGGCAAUGGCGAUGGCGGCGGCCGUGGCGCCACUCCCAUCUGGCGGCUGCCAGUAGUGCAGCCCAUUCCCACCGGGACUCAUGA